AUGUUUGAUGAAAUUCGAUAUGAAAUCAACGGUGUGGAAAUUAAUCGCAACAGAAACGUUGGAAUCACUAGUACUCUAAAGAACUAUGUAUCUCUUACGUUUGACAAAGGAAUGAUAAUGCAGAAUGCCGGAUGGGACAUGUCGUCCACUCUGUGGGAAAAUUAUUUCAAUUUUUGCGUGCCUCUAAAUUUACUGCUGGGCUUUUGCGAAGAUUACAAACGCAUGGUUGUUAACGCACGCCAUGAAUUAAUUUUGAUACGAGCGCGCAAUGAUAACAAUUCUAUUGUGGGAACGAAUAGAACGACAGAACCGGAAAUUGAAUUGUUCAAAGUUCAGUGGCGAAUGCCACAUGUUACGUUAAAUGAAGUCAAUAAAUUGUCCAUACUACGAGCUUUGGAAAGCGGGCGAUAUCUAAGUAUGAGUUUUCGUUCCUGGGAUCUGUACCCCUUGCUGCAGAGCACAACCAAACAUUCGUGGGCUGUUAAAACUGCAACACAAUUAGAAAAGCCUCGAUUCGUUAUCUUUGCACUACAGACCGGUCGCAAGAAUAUCAUGUCUCAAGAUGCUACUAUUUUUGACGAUUGUAAUUUGAUCAAUGUGAAACUUUAUUUCAACUCUGAAUUUUAUCCGUACGAUGACUUGAAUCUAGACUUUCGUAAAUCUAGAUACUCCAUCCUGUUUGACAUGUACCAACGUUUUCGUAAAUCUUAUUAUGGACGUGAUUGCUACGAUACGCUGCUUAACGUGGUCACAUUUCUGCAAAGAGGACCUUUUACAGUCAUUGAUUGCUCGCGGCAAAACGAGUCCAUCAAAAGUGCUACUGUGGACGUGCGCAUUGAAUUUGAUUGCAAAGAAAAUGUGCCAGCGAGCACUACCGCCUAUUGCCUUAUCUUACAUGAUCGUGAAGUAGCGGUAUUGAAACAAGGAAACGUUCUCACGCAUUACAUUUUUACGAAUUCCAUGCCAUGGAAUGCAUUGACAAAAUCCGAAAGAUCUUGCGUUUCUUGGUUGACUGCUUAUCACCAUGGAUUACAAUGGGAAGAUGGAAUAGUUCAGUAUCCGAAAGCGAAGCACCUGAUUUCAACAGCUGUAUAUGAUAAAAAUGAUGAUGAAGCUAUCGUAUACGUUAAAGGCCGUGAAAAACGAGAAUGA